AUGUCUCCUCCCUUUGCCGAAGAACACCAACUUGACGACAUGCACCCACCGUAUCCUCAAUAUGAUGACAGGUUACCGAGUCAACCUCUCAUCAGUAUAACAUCCGAGCCUGGGCAGCUUUUCGACUUCCUCGACAAAGACCUUCUUACCCUCGACUUAGAUAGAAUGGCUCCGAAGCUGUGGCUGAUGGCCACUCAGUCAGGCUCCCAUAUCUCCCCGUUGCACCACCAGAGGAUCAAAGGCCGAAAAAUUGUGAUCACAGAAGAUCCACGAUUGCAUCUCGUCUGGAUUGAAGAUCGAAUCUUCGUCAAGCCUUUGCCACUGUAUCUACAAUCUUACACCUUUUGGGCAAAAUAUUUGUACCACUCGACGACGGAGCCAAACGAAAAAGCUCCAGACACAAUGUUCCCCGACUGGAGUAUUCGAAAAGAGCCGAUUUCUAGAGCCGCGCUUGGACUUCUGCGCUCUUAUGCAUUCCUCAUUAGGCAUUCCUCGGACCUUGACAUAGCCAUCCACCACCGUCUUCUGCCUCCGGACAAGACUUUCUUAUCAAUCUGCUUGUUCACAUCCCAACUUCUCAGUAUACCAGACUCGGAGGUAUCACCGCGUUACGGCUAUGGUGAGCUACGCCUUACGCGUCUAAACUUUUGGUCCAAAAUAUUCCUUAACAGGUGGAAUUAUGAGACGGUCCAUCGUCAAUAUUCUCAAUACUUCCAGCGAUUUUAUGCUCCAUUGCUUUUCGCUUUCGGCUUCUUCUCGGUCGUUCUGAGUGCGCUCCAAGUAGAGAUGGCCGUUGAAAGCGUUUGGACGUCGCACCAAUGGCAAGCCUUCUGGCUGUUUUCGAGAGUAUUUAGCAUUGUCAGUCUGGCCGUGGUUGCUACCCCUGCUCUAGGCUUGUUGCUGCUGUUUCUGGGGAAGAAUAUGAUGGAACUGGAAUACGCUCUCACCCAUCGUCAGAGAUGA